AUCGAAUCGAAGGGUUUUUGAGAGAGAGAGAGAGAGAGAUGGCAGCUUCUGGUUCGUGGAAGAGUGGGAGUGGUUCUUCGAUGGGUCUGGAGAGGAUGAGCGUGGAGCAGCUGAAGGCGGUGAAAGAGCAAGCCGAUCUGGAAGUUAAUCUUCUCCAAGACAGCCUCUCCAACAUUCGCACCGCCACCACCCGCCUCGAGAUCGCCUCCUCCGCCCUCAACGAUCUCUCCCUCCGCCCCCAGGGCAACCACAUCCUCGUCCCCCUCACCGCCUCCCUCUACGUCCCCGCCACCCUCCACGACUCCCAACACGUCCUCGUCGACGUCGGCACCGGCUACUUCAUCGAGAAAACCAUGCCCGAAGGAAAAGAUUACUGCGACCGCAAAAUCAACUUGCUCAAAUCUAACUUUGAUCAACUCGUCGAGGUUGCAUCCAAAAAGAAAAAUGUGGCAGAUGAAGCUGGUGUUAUUUUGCAGGCAAAAUUGAAGCAAUUAGCGUCUUCAUCCUAAAAGUAGUUGGUAUAGAAUUUAUUUGUUUUCUUUCAAUGCAUUGUACCAUAGAACUAUUUAAACUUUUUAUUUGAAAACUCCCUUUUUGUUGGCACCUCCAAAAUUUGGCUUGGAACUAUUGGAUGUGUAUUUAGAAAAUGGAGUCAAUCAAUGACAAUUGAAAUUUAGAGGGUAUUUAGGAAUUUUACACUGGUGUUUCAAGUACAUUAUCUCUUAUUAGAGAAGACUGUUGCAGUUCCCGUUAUAAGUGUUAUUUGCUGGCCU